GUGGUGCAGGGCAGCCCCACCAAAAUUUGAGCCUCGAUUUGCAUCUUAGGAAGCAUCGCAGCGAUCACCGCCAAAACCCUCCCUUCUUCCAGUCCGUUUUCCAGUCCGUUUUCCAGUCCGUUUCAUACUUCUUACACUCCUUCAACCCGCCAAAAUGACUGCCUCAGCGGAUGCGCAGACGACCCAAGUCUCUACGCUCCGCAAAAUCCUCACUUCGGAGCAGGAGCCUCUUGCGCGCCGCUUCCGCGCCCUCUUCUCGUUGAAGUACCUCGCCUCUCUGCAGCCGCCCAGCGAAGAGACCGUGCCUGCGAUUGAGGCUAUUGCUGCUGGUUUCGGCUCGCCGUCUGCGCUGCUCAAGCACGAACUCGCAUACUGCCUCGGCCAGUCGCGCCACGAUGCUGCGAUUGCGCCGCUGAGGAAGGUGUUGAUGGACAAGCAGGAGGAUGCCAUGUGUAGGCAUGAGGCUGCUGAGGCGCUUGGUGCGCUGAGCGAUAAGGGCAGUUUGGAUUUGUUGCGGCAGUUUCGGGAUGCUGAGGAUGAGCCGGACGUUAUUACGGAGACGUGCGAUAUUGCGGUUGACAGGAUUGAGUGGGACCACGGAUUGCAGAAGGGCGAGGAGAACAUCAAGAAGAGUGACUUCACAUCCAUCGACCCUGCGCCGCCGAUGCCCCAGAGCUCGGACAAGCCCUCCAUCCCAGAGCUUGAGAAGACACUGCUCGACACAAAGCUCCCUCUUUUCCAGCGCUACAGAGCCAUGUUCGCGCUGCGCGACCUCUCUUCCCCGCCUGAUCUCCCCACCGCAGUCCCGGCUGUCCAGGCGCUGGCUCGUGGUUUCGACGACCCGUCUGCCCUUUUCCGUCACGAGAUCGCUUUCGUUUUUGGCCAGCUGUCGCACCCUGCGUCGAUCCCGAGUUUGACCAGGGCGCUGAGCAACACAACGGAGGAGAGCAUGGUUCGCCAUGAGGCUGCCGAGGCUCUCGGUAGCCUGGGUGACGAGGAGGGCGUGGAGGACACUUUGCGCAAGUUCUUAAACGAUCCGGAGCAGGUUGUGCGGGACAGUUGUAUUGUGGCGCUCGACAUGGCUGAAUUUGAGAAGAACGGUGAGACUGAGUAUGCCAUCAUCCCCUCGCAGGAGACGGCUGUUGUGGCUUAGAGCGAACAUCGAACAGAGGCGUGCAUGGUUAUGAGGCGUUUGGUAUCAAAAUGGGGGUAGAGGGAAAAGGCAAGUCU